UCAUUGUUUUUUUUUAUUGUGUUUCUAUUUGUUUUUAAUUAUUUACAUGUCAUAUUCAUUUGACGCGGUGUUGUUUAGGUUAUGUUUAUGCAUUAUCAGUGAUCGUGCGUUGUGUAUGCUCUCCGGGGUUAGUAGUAGUUAAUUCUGUCAUGUUUAUUCAUUGUUAGCACCCAUAUUUUUCAAAAGUUUCUAUGAGUUUUAAAAUUUAAAACUUAUAAUUUUUUCCUCACUAACCAACUAAGUUCUGAAUCAAGACGGUAAUGCCACAUAGUUAUGCACCUUCAGUUAAUUUCUUAGCAAAUGUUUUGUAAAAGUAUUUACUAUGGCGUUUGAAUAGGUGUUUUGUUCAAUAUUUUUUAACUAGACAUAUUUUUAUCUUACUUACCUAUGCUUUUGUUAUUUAUUACCUAAAUUAAGUUAGGCGCAUUCCGAUAAAUGUCUGUAUCAAAGUAUUGCUACCGUACAGAAUGACAUUCAAAAUUAAGUUCUUUUUCUAAAAUAAAGUACAAAGAACAAUUUAUUCGAAAAUCCCUCAAAUCCUUAAUUUUAGGAGAAUUGUGUCAAAGUUUACAAGUUUUCAUUAAUAUGUCAUCUUUUAAGUUGGCAGUUCUUGCACCCCAUUGUGUAACAGCGUAGAAUGAUAAUCGUUGAGUUUUUCAAAGCUUUUAUUGGUGUAACGCUUACUUUGCGCCAAUUCACGUUUUUAAUUAAAACUUUGCUUCGAAGACGUUAAAAGUUGUGCGGUUAGAAAAAGUCCUUUCGUGGUCGCUUCAAUCUCAGAGGUGGGACAUGUAAAUAGUUAAAAACUUAAAAUAGUUUUUGGCCAUUCAUUGAUAGUUUGUUUCUUAUAAGUAUUAACUUAGGUGUUUUGAGUAUUCUGAACUUUAACAAUCAAAACAGUGAAAUGGAAGCUAAUUAUAGCAAAGAAAAUGGUUUACCAGAGAGCUUAAAAGAUUCUAUAAACAAUAUUGCGAAAAGAGAAAAUUUUAUAAGCUAUGAAAUCAUUUGCAAAAAUAUUUCACCUAAAGGCGGAAGUUAUAUGGGCGUAUUAUAUCAAGUGGACAUCAAAGGAAAAACAGCAGAAGGUGCUAAAGAAGUCAACAUCUUUGUUAAGAACAAAGUGGAAAAAGAUGAAAUGAAAAUUUAUUCCGUAUCCGAAGUCUUUCACAGAGAAAUGUUCACGUAUAAAGAGUUGUUAACACUAUUUGUAGAACUUCAAGACGAAGCCAAUAUCCCAGAAAUAGAAAGAUAUAACAUCGUGAAGUGUUACGAAGAAACUAAUUCAAGAUCGAUCAUUCUCGAAAACUUGGUUAAACAAGGCUUCAAAGUGUACAAUAGAAUGGAGACCAUAUCUGUGGAAUAUGCUAAGCUAUGUGUCCAGCAGCUUGCGAAAUUCCACGCGUUGUCCUUUGUCAUUCAAGAAAAACGCCCAAACUUUUUCAGGGAGAAAGUAGUUUCUUUGAACCAACCAUACGUUUUUGAAGAAGAUUGGUAUGGAUUUGUCAAAAAUAUUAGUUACUAUUCGAUCAGCUGUCUUGACCCUGAGGUGCAGAAGAGUUUUAAAGAAAAGAUUUUGAAGAAAGUGGAUGAUUAUCCGAAGUAUAUGAGUGAUGUCUCGGGUGUUAAAACGCUGUGCCAUGGAGAUUAUAAACACAACAAUAUCAUGGCUAAAGAAGUUGACGGGAAACUGGUGAAAGUUAUUCCAAUCGACUUCCAAAUUCUUCACUACGGUUGCCCAGUGCUGGACUUCGUGUACUUAAUCUUCAACGGAACAGACCAAGAAUUCAGAAGAAAACAUUUGUCAGCCUUAAAAACCCUAUACUAUCAAAGUGUGAAAGAUUUAUUAGAUUAUUUCAAAAUGGACAUUGAAAAGAUAUUUCCCGAAGCUGAAUUUGAGAAAGUUUUUAAAGAAAAGCUUGAUUUUGGUCUAAUGAUCAAUAUGUUUUAUGUCCCGUUCUUAUUUGCUAUUGAAGACGACGCACCCGAUGUCACAAAUCAGUCGUUAUCAUCUUUAUCAUUCAAAGUUGAUAGUAGAUUCACAGAGCGAUUGCGCGGCGUAGUCGAUGAUUUCAUAAACUGGGGAUACCUAUGAUAAUGUAAAUUUUGUAUAGUAUGAUUUUUUUUUAAAAUUAUGUAAACUUUCUGAAUAAUAUUAAAAUUUUCAUCCAAAACAAUGUAAUUAAAAUGAUAUGACAGCAUAAUUGUGAUAUCUACAGAUAUAUGUUUUUGAGGUCAUUGACACGUCAUAAAUGAGGACAAUAACCUUAAGAUUGGUAUCGAAGGUGAACUUUAUUACGGCAAGACGUCUCAAAUAAUUUCCUUUUUAUUAUCGUCUUGACUUUUGACGCGACAGCAAAA